GCCGGUCAUCCAUCCAUGCCCGGGCAUGCAUUUCGCAUCGGCAGGGCCACGGAGCUUCUAUUCGAAGGUGUUUACCCUGACAUCGUAGCGAUGCAGGGCCGCUGGAAAUUGAGAGCUUUCCUUGACUACUGGCGUCAGAUUAAGUCUAUUUAUUCUUUAUUUAUUGCUACUGCUUCAUCCACUCCUAUUGCUCUCACGCGCUUACAGUUCAAUAUGCAUGAAUGUCUUCGUCUUCGUCCCGUAGCCUCUUAA